CUCGUACCCAAGCUUAUAUGACACUUACAAGCUUGCGCAGGUGAUUGAUUAUACAUCGCUCGCCUCGCCACUUCAGAUGGUUGAAAAGGUCUAAUAGAGGUUCCUUGCCCUGUCCUGGAUAUCUUUUGCUGUGCCGGGCCCAAGAUUAACACUCUUCACGACACAAUCCUUUUCCCCCUCCUCCUUUGAUCUGAGCGCAGCCGCACCCGGAUCUUUCGCUCGUUUUCUUCUCCCUUACACCACGACGUUGUCUGUUCCUCGUUCACCCUGUGAAGGGAUCAAAGACAUUUCCGAGGACCAUUGCUGGCUCAGCUGUCUGAUACCCGAUGGCCACGAAAUAAAGUGAAUGAUUGGUGCAGCAGCCUCGAUCGGAACUGGACCACGAUUUACGGAGAUACAAGGCUCAAUGCAGGCAAUCUUCACCUGACUCUAUGCUAUAGAGCAGGUCCACCGCGCUCUCAUGAGUCUUCAAGAUCUGCCCUCCUCCCAGCUUGGGAGCGAUUCGACAAUAGGCCCACGCGAUGUGCCAUCCCCCGCCCCUGUGGUACCAACACUGUCGGCCUUGAGCACAACGGCUGUGACAUCCACCGGGGCAACACCAUCUACUGUGGUCGCUGCUCAGACCUCCUACACAUCUACACUCAGCUCUGCCUCAAGCAGCGGCUUUACAUCCUCGAGUAGUAGUAACAGCGCAGCCGCAGCGGCAGCGACCACAAGCAUAGGGGACAGCCAAGGGGGGUCCAGCGACGGAAGCCGGUCAACUAUCAUCAUUCUCAGCACGGUCUUGUCUACCAUUGGCCUGAUCAUACUCGCCGGAGGAAUUUGGGCGUGUCUGCGAUACCGGCGGAGACGCUCGAGACUGUUUGGCCGCGGCAUCACGCCUAUCGGAGACGACGAGAUCGAGACCUGGAAGGGCCACCGCAACGAGAAAGGGCUCGGGGACGGCAAUCAGCGCCAUGCUGCUCCGCCCUUCUCGUCUUCCGACCCGAACAGCAGAGGCCACCAGAAGCAGGAGUCGACCAGCUCGACAAAGAAGCCGCCCAGCGUGAUCGUGUACGCCCGCAGGUCCGAGGAGCAGUGGGCCAGGUCACCUUCGACGCCCGGCCACUACGGCCAGAGCAGCUGGGAUGGCGGCAAGACGAGCUUCGACAAGGAACUACCCUUUACCCCCAUCCAUGCCAGGGCUCCUAAUGCCAGAGAGGGCCUGACGGACGAGGCCAUUCCCGGCGAUGUUCCUUUCGUCCAGAGCCCCAAACGCCAGGGCUCCCGGCUCUACAAGCCGCCGCGCGCCCCGCCACAUGCACACACGCGGCACAAGAGCUCGAGGUCGAGCUCCAGCCUGCACAGGCUUGGGGACGGCGUCCGCUACUCGGAUGUGGACGAGUACAGAUACUCACAUGAGGGCUACCAGAACCGCUCCAGGGGCUGCUCCGUCUCAUCGCCGCCACCACCGCGGCUCUCGCUCUCGAGAGACUGGCCUGACGGCAACGGAGGCCUGUCCCCACGACCCCUCGUCCGACCAGAUGAGAUUGGGCGUGCCAUCGGCUGA